UCCAGAAGAGGAUGGGAUCCCGUUUGCGGAAAGCAAAAAAAAAUAAUACCGGUAUUGGUGGUAAAGGUCCUGGAAAGCUAACUGAUAAAGUUAUAAAUGAGCUAAGUCUCUAUUAUGGUUUAGCCAUUCGAAGAAAUCCAGAGUCCGUAGAAAAUAUGAAAAAUGAGGUAUGGGCUACUUAUUUUCAUAAAAUUUCUACGGACUCUAAUCCACAACAUCACUUUUGUCCGCAGGGUUCAUCGAGUUGGUGUAAGUGGCAGGUCGCUGAAGCUGAAGAAACUUUGGAUGAAUUUCAGCAUAAUAAUCCUCCUUUAACUGAAGCAGUUCAGAAAGUUAUUAAGCCAAUAUACGAAGAUUUGUCUUCAGAAAGCUUGCUGGAAAGAUGCUUGGGCUCAGAAACUCAGAAUAAUAACGAGUCUUUAAAUUCACUUAUCUGGACCUUCGCACCCAAGCAUAUUCAUGCUGGUACCCAUACAAUUGAAAUUGCUAAUUUCAUUGCGGUAUGUAUAUUUAAUGAAGGAUUUUUACCAGUUUUAAAGAUUUUAUCAUCAAUGGGAAAAACAAUUGGGCCAGAAUCUCACGCAUUCGUGAACAAACGUGAUCAAGUCCGAAUUAACAGGUCCGAGGUACGAGCUACUGAGGCUUCCAAGGAAACUAGAACUGCUAAAUCAUCUGAAAGAGCUUCACUAAACAUGACAUUUGAAUUCGAAGAAGGUACUUUGUACGGAGCAGGGAUAGCUGAUUAAUAACAAGUCAUGGGAAGGAUUUAUAUCCUGCGCACCAGCACAAGCCAUUUUUCCAUCAGUCCCUACUUCGCCGACCUGCAG